GCGUUCCUGCUGUGUGGAGAAAAACGCUCACGCAAACGAAGAGCUACGUGAAAAACAAGCGCACCCUGUCUGUACUAGACUAUGAAGGAUUUACGGAAGAAGAGUCCCAGGCGUGGCUGAGGAACUUCCGUCUUUUACAGCGCAAAAAUGACAGCGACUCUGCGCCCAUACUUAAACGCUGUAAGGGCCACCUUGCAAGCGGCCCUCUGCCUGGAGAACUUCUCCUCUCAGGUGGUGGAGCGUCACAACAAGCCAGAGGUGGAGGUCAGGAGCAGCAAGGAGCUGCUACUUCAGCCUGUGGUGAUCAGCCGUAAUGAAAAGGAGAAGGUCCUCAUUGAGGGAUCCAUCAACUCUGUCAGAGUCAGCAUCGCUGUCAAACAGGCUGAUGAGAUCGAGAAGAUCCUUUGCCACAAGUUCAUGCGCUUCAUGAUGAUGAGAGCAGAGAACUUCUUCAUUCUGAGGAGGAAACCAGUAGAGGGAUAUGAUAUUAGCUUCUUGAUUACCAACUUCCACACGGAGCAGAUGUACAAACACAAGCUGGUGGACUUUGUCAUCCACUUCAUGGAGGAGAUCGACAAGGAGAUCAGCGAGAUGAAAUUGUCCGUUAAUGCCAGGGCUCGUAUCGUCGCCGAGGAAUUCCUCAAGAAUUUCUGAUGACUGCAUUGUCCAUGGUACCACAAGAGGUGGGACAACGCUGCAAGGGCCAAUCAGCACAGGAGUGGAGAAUUAAAGGAGUAAACAGCCAAUCAGCGAGGAGAUGAGAGGAACAUGACCAAUCUGGCGAUGACACCCUUUUGCGCCUGUCUCGAGUAUUUCCCUGUACUCAUGAAUAUCAAUGACUGUAUAUAAUGAAAUAUUUACCAGUUUCAUUUUCAGCCACUUAGAACAAAUCCCCAAUCAAAGGCGGGUCCUUAAAGUAUUAAUCAAGUUGAUGUCCAUGAAUACAGGGGCACUGAGACUGUUUUUGUUGCAAAUCAAAAUGGCCAGGUUUUUGUAUUUUGUGUAUGUGAGUCUGUAUGUUCUGUCACUGUCGUUUCAAAUUUAUCUCCAAAAUGUCUCUGUUCAGGAAACCCAUGUUUGAGGCUAGUAGUCUAUGUGGCGUUUAAAUCACGGACAUGGAGCGAGAGCUGUCUGUAAACAAGCCACCAAAGCCCAUGUAUGAAAAUAAUGAAAGAUAAUAAAACUCUGUUGUUUAUA